AUGGACUUAUUCGUAAUUAAUAGAUAUCGAGAUGUAGAAGAAGAUGCGUCGGUAGAUAUAGCAGAACAAGAAGCCAAACAUUUAGAGAAAUUAAAGAAAAAGAUUGCAGAACGAAAAUCUGCAUAUGCAUCAAAGCGGACUUCUGAUGUGAUAACUCUUAAACCACAAAAACAAAUUGAAGUUGUAGAACCUAAAAAAGAAGAUGCUAAAGAUAAUAAGGAGGCACCUAAAACAGAUGAAGAUACCAAGACCGACAGCAAUACUGAUGUAAUUCAAAAACCAGAUAAAAAGAGAGCUAAACCCUCACAAGAAUUCAAAGUAUUGGGUGUUAAUGAUUUUGAAAAGAAAACCAAGGUUUCAAGAGUACUACCGUUCUGGCUAUCACAUCCGUUUAAUAUUUCUACCAGUUUGAAAUCUUCGUCUUGCAAAGUAGAAGAUCAAGAUUGGCUACAUAGUACACUCAAAUCUACAUUACAAAGUGAAGGUGUCACUACUUUGUUCCCAGUUCAAGAAAAAGUGGUACCUUUUAUUUUAGAUCAACAUAAAUUAACUUAUCCAUUUUGGCCACAUGAUAUUUGCGUUUCUGCGCCUACGGGCAGUGGCAAAACACUAUCAUUUGUCUUGCCAAUAGUUCAGAUUCUUAUGAAUGAAAUUGGGUGUCAUAUAAGAGCCCUAGUAGUGUUACCAGUACAAGAAUUGGCAGCUCAAGUGGCUAAAGUUUUCAAAAAAUACUGUUUGAAGACUAGAUUAAAAGUAGCGUUAUUGGGAGGAUCCACACCACUACAGCAAGAACAACAGAGUCUUGUUAGAUAUACUGAAUCAUCUGGUUGGGUGAGUGAAGCAGAUGUAGUAGUAUGUACUGCUGGUCGUCUAGUAGAACAUCUACAAAAUACGGAAGGAUUUUCUUUGAAACAUUUAAAGUUUUUAGUUAUUGAUGAAGCAGACAGAAUUAUGGAUCACAUACAAAAUGACUGGCUAUACCAUGUUGACAAACACAUCAAAUUGGAGAAUGAGCUAAUGACUGGACGUCAUUCUAAUCUAACAUGGUCUAGUCUUAUUGAGCAAAAGCCACCACCCCACAAACUGCUAUUUUCAGCUACUUUAUCUCAGGACCCUGAAAAAUUAGAACAAUGGGGCUUGUUCCAGCCAAAAUUAUUUUCUGCUGCCAAGUCAAACAAUUAUGAAGAUGAAGACCAAAUUAGGCUUUAUGCUACACCUGAAGAAUUGACAGAACAGUAUGUUACUUGUGAUGCUGAGCAUAAACCACUUAUUCUAUAUCACUUCUUAGCUGAUCAAAAAUGGGACAAAGUCUUAUGCUUUACUAAUGCCGCAGAAGCAGCACAUAGAUUAUCUGUACUUCUUAACACUUGGAGUAAUGGGACAUUUAAGGUUGCGGAACUAUCUUCAGCACUAGACAAAUCCACAAGAGAAAAUGUAUUGAAAAAGUUUACACAAUCUGAAAUUAAUGUGUUAAUUGGUACUGAUGCUUUAGCAAGAGGUAUUGACAUCACAGACUGCAACUACGUCAUCUCUUACGAUCCUCCAAGAAAUAUCAAGACUUACAUUCAUAGAGUAGGUCGUACUGGAAGGGCAGGACGCAGUGGUCAUGCAGUUACUAUCCUGUUACAGAACCAAGUAACGCAAUUUAAGGAAAUCAUACAAGGCGGUGGAAAGGCUGAAAUACCACAAAUCGAAAUAGAAGUUGGCAUUCUUGAUCGUCUAACAAGCAGCUACCAACAUGCUAUGAGUGAAACUAAAAGGCAAAUUCAUGCUGAAAUAGAUACAAAAGUGAAGAAAUCCUUAGAGAUUAAAAGAAGAUUAAAAUCAAAACCACAAAAAAGAAAGCUUAAUACAUCUUGA